GCAUGUUAGACAGAUAAAGACAUUUGGUCAGAUGCUCGCUGAAGGCUAGGUAAUCUCUGCCAGGAAGCUUAUUCCUUCCGAGCCCCGCUAUCUGCUCAGCUUCAGUCCAGACGCAGACUCCGCAAUGUUUUAUUUCCACUGUCCACCGCAGUUAGAUGGGGAGUGUUGCCGGACGAAUUCGUUGAAUUCCGGCGGGUUUGGCGGACACAGUACCAGCGAUUUUGACGACGGUUUUCUACGCCGAAAGCAACGCCGGAACAGAACGACGUUUACCCUUCAGCAGUUAGAAGCUUUAGAAGCCGUUUUUGCACAGACGCAUUACCCAGACGUAUUCACCAGGGAAGAGCUCGCAAUGAAGAUAAAUCUCACUGAAGCAAGAGUUCAGGUUUGGUUCCAAAACCGAAGGGCGAAAUGGAGGAAAACAGAGAGGGGCAAUUCCGAUCAAGAAGCUGGGAAGGAGAUUGCAGCCGAAGGUUCGCCUCCCAUGAGAAACCUAAAUUCCCCCUCUCCCAUGGAGCCGACUCGGGGCAAAAAGGAUUCAUUAGAAAUGCAACAGAACCUCGGCAGGACGGUAGGUCCUUCGGCCCCUUUCUUCCCCUCCUGCUUGCCCACGACUCUGCUCAACACGGCCACUUACGCCCAAGCUCUGACUCAAGUUGCAACGCUGAAGGGAAAUUCCCUGUGUUCCUGCUGUGUGCCAGACCCAAUGGGUCUCUCAUUUUUGCCCCCCUAUGGUUGCCAGAGCAAUCGAACAGCUAGUGUGGCUGCAUUGCGCAUGAAAGCUCGUGAACACUCUGAGGCAGUGCUCCAGUCAGCCAACCUGCUUCCGACAGCCAACAACAGCCCUGCUGUUGGACCGAAACCCUCCUUGGAUACUGACCAGGAGAAGGCCAGCCAUCCCAAAGAGAAGAUUGAGGCUGAACGGAAUGUAUGAGGGCAAGGAGAGCGAACCAUAACUGUAGAGAUAACACUUAAGAUCACUUUAUGGCAUCACUGUGAAUAUUCUCACAGCUGUAAAGAUAUUGGAUCCACCAUAUGAUCAAGACAUGACACCAUCUGUACAAAAACAAAGACGCUCUUACCUGGGUCAAAGCCAAAAAGAUGUAUAUAAAUGAAUUCUGGAUCUUUUGCAAUGCAGCGGUUGCCUUCCUUUUUUCUUUUAACCAUGUUUAUUCCACUCUUGACUACAUGGGAAGAUUAUCACAUGCUAGAAUUGCCUUGCUCUAAAACUGUGCAGCAGGUACUUAAGGAGAAAAUGCAUGAGAUCAACAAAUCCACUUCCUCAGACCACAAGCAAUUUUAUAUAUUCCCUUUUUAUAAUGCAAUGGGGAAAGAAUAUAAUCUCUCGCAGGUAAGUGAGUAUAGAUCAAGUAAAAGAAAACAAAAAGCACCUGCUGGUUGUUUGCUAAAUUUGCAAAUACAAGUGGUUGUUCUGGAAGAGGUGACCUUCAGUGUGCAAUAAAGCUGUAAGCUUCUAUGUCAUUAUGAUACAGUAGAUUUCUAUUAAAUGGAUAAACUGUUAACAGGAAUUCAUUUGAAAUAUUAAUAGCACAAUCUCUGGUAUACUUUCACCGCAACAAAAGGAUUUAUGAAUUUAAUUUUAUGCUGUUAAUUUUAGCUUGACAUUCUGAAAUAUGAAAACACUCUAACAGAUACAAGCAGUGAGACACUACAGGACCGUACAUAUUGUGAACCAUAAAUACAACUAAAACACGUUUUUGGGAAGAAUAAAUAUUGUAUUCAUUGGUGAGGAAGUCGUAGUGAAGGGACAAUAGGCACGCCAACCCUAAAACUGAAUGGAAUCUUUCAUUACUGCUAAUUUAUUUUGGCUGAAAUUCUCACUAGUCAGAUUUUUUCACUGAGAGUAGUUUAGUGAGCACACCACAGGUCAUGUCUUCUGGAACAUCAUCCCUUAAGCAGCCUCUGUCUUGGAUUACUGGUCAUAUUCUGGGACAAUCCAUGCAUCCCAAUUUAUAAUAUCACCUAUUUUUCUCCGAAACAUGACUUAGGGCAUAAAAUUGAACUUUACUCAAUCUCGGCUCCCAUAGCCUAACUUUUAAUUGUUUUAUUAAAUUUGUAUUUCCAACAGAAAGGUACAUAAAUAAAUGAACUGUUGAGCAAAUUAAGAAUACUUAACAGCAUUGCAUCCGAAAAGUAGUUACACUGAUUAAAUUUUGUGUCCUUGAGGAUUUUCAGGAAAUUACUUUUGAUCGUCAAUAACACAAUUAAGUAAACUACACGCACAUUAGCAUGAAUAAUUGAUAAGAAAUUAUGUAUUACCACGAAGUACUGAUUUAAUAAUUCAUGAUGCGACACUAGUGACUGUUGCAGUCCUAGAUAACGUGGAAUUCUUGCCUGAUGCUUGAGGCAGUGUGCAAUUACAAGGGUUGGAAGGUGGAAGGUUGUGUAUUU